AGGAAAUAAAAGAUUUCAUUACGUAGAUUAAAGCUCUAGAACAACCCAACCCUGUUAUUCUGAGAUAAGCGUUGUAUGCAGGGGUACAGUUGUUAUUAACAUCAAGGCCUCUAUGUAAGAUUGUUAAGAAAUGUUUCUUGAUAACUGGAUACUUAUAUUCACUUUUGGAGGCAUAUCUAUCUCCGUGUGUCAACAAAUCACCAUCAACAAUGUAGAAUCGAGUAUAUUACAAAAAGACACCGACAGAAUUGUUUUGACGGCGGUUGUUGAUUACAAAAACAAAACUGAAGAAUGGCACAAAAAGAUUAUUUUCAAGUACAGAGUAAACAAUGAGUCUAAUAAUAAUUGGAUCUGCAUUGUUGACUUAGAGAGGCCAUGUACUCAUGCAUACAGGAAAAGUAUAUGCUAUUGUCAAGGGAAAGACGAGUUCGGAAUUUACAAUAUUGUCAUAAAUAUAACUGCAAAAGCCAUUUACAGUGAAGCUCAUAUUUUUGCAAGGCUCACUCAUAAAAGUAAUGUUAAGCUCUACAGUAACUUCCAAAAGCUACCUCGUGUAGUGGUACUUGAAAACAGAACAACGAAAGAGACUGAAAAUACAACGAAAGAAACGAAUGUAGACGAGACAAGUACUAAAGAUAGCAUUACAGUUUCUGAACCUGAUGAUUUAAUAUUGCUAACUAAAGACGGAAAUGAAGGCUAG